CUCAGCCUUGCCAAUCCAACUUCAAACAUCGAUAUUUACAUCGCAUUUGUAUGAUAUGUUGCGCCAAUGAAGCGAAAUGUUACUCUUAUAGCACGGCGCGGUGCGCAAGCGACUCUACUCAGUUACCUGCGUAAUGCAUCGCGGGCCAGCUCAAGGGUUGGGCUGGAUUUCUUGAAUCCAUCACAUAAUAUCCCUCCCAGGCGCCGAUGCUUUCACAGUACAAUACAGGGACAACAAAAUCGGGAAAGCGUUGGUCGUGGCAUUGUUUCGUUCUUUAAUGAUACCAUUUAUGCAGUUUCAACGGCUCCGGGCAGGGCGGGGAUUGCCAUUAUUCGAGUUUCUGGGACUGGAUCUUCAGAUGUAUAUCGUGCAUUAUGCCCCUCGAGAGCAACCCCUAAACCCCGAUACGCCACUCUACGGACUCUUUACGAACCAAACACCACCAACAGCUCCAAGCCGAGCGUUCUCGACUCAGACGCCCUCGUCCUCCACUUCCCCUCGCCGAAAACCGUCACUGGCGAAGAAAUGCUGGAGCUGCACAUCCAUGGCGGCUCUGCAACAGUGAAAGCCGUUUUAUCAGCAAUCUCACACUGCAAAUCUACUUCUACGAUCCGCUAUGCAGAGCCUGGAGAGUUCACAAGACGAGCAUUCCAGAACAACAGACUUGAUCUGGCACAGGUGGAGGCGCUGAGUGACACCUUAUCCGCGGAGACAGAGCAGCAGCGUAGAGCGGCUGUGAGGGGAAACUCUGGCACUCUGGGGAGGACUUAUGAAGGCUGGCGACAGCAGCUUCUUGAGGCGCGGGGAGAGUUAGAGGCGCUGAUCGACUUCUCCGAGGAUCAUGACUUUGCGGACUCAGAUCCGGAUUUGUUGAAGAAUGUGGGAGCUGCUGUUGAAAAUAUACGGGCUUCUAUCAAGGCGCAUGACGAAGGGAGUCGGCGUGGUGGAAUGCUGCGGAAGGGUAUCAGAAUAUCGAUGCUUGGACCUCCCAAUGCUGGGAAGAGCUCGCUACUGAAUCGAAUUGUCGGCAGAGAGGCUUCGAUUGUCAGUACCGAGGCGGGGACGACGAGAGAUAUUGUCGAAGUUGGCCUUGAUAUCGAAGGGUAUCUGUGCACUUUCGCUGAUACGGCGGGGCUGCGGUCACCCUCGUCUGGAAUUGACGGUGAACCCGCCACGAUAAGAGACCGCAUUGGAGAAGUCGAAGAAGAGGGGAUCAGAAGAGCUAAAGCGAAGGCUGCGGAGUCUGAUCUAAUUAUUGUGAUGGCUUCGGUGGAGGCUUCAAAUGGGCAGGAAGAGUGGGAAAUACGCUACGAUACGGAGGCUCUCGACAUUGCCACCAAAGCGGAGCAAUACGUGGUAGUCGUCAACAAAACCGACAUUAUCCCCGACACUACCUUCGCUCGGAUCCUCCACAGGUUCAAGUCCUCACUGCCUUCAGUCCCAGAGAACAAGAUCAUUCCCAUUUCAUGCAAAUCGGAUCUUAUAUCGACACCCUCAGCUAAAGAUGCGGGUAACAUCUCAUUCCUAAUUUCUAACCUCACAUCCUCCUUCCAAUCCCUUACCACCCUUGGCGAUGAAGACCUGUACGGAGUUACAGAGCGCCAGCGUCAACUUCUCUCAAGAUGCGAUGAAUACCUGUCCCUGUAUGAGAGCGAGACUCAAGAAGCUGAUAUGUCGCUGGAUUUCGAUAUUGUGGUGGCUGCCGAGCAUCUGAGAACCGCGGCGAAUAAUCUUAGUAAACUUACAGGCCGAGGUGAGGGUGGGGACGUGGAGGAGGUAUUGGGAGUAGUAUUUGAGAAAUUUUGUGUGGGGAAAUAGACAAUGGACUUGUGUGUGAGAAGUGAG